CUAUUAUAAUUUGUAUUACAUCAAGCUGUUAUUCAUCGCAUUUCUCUAAAUUUUGUGGCAUUGAAAAUUCAUAUAAAGGUAUGCUUCUCUACCAUUCCGUCCAUUUCCGCCACGAUGGAGGGAGACGCCGGUUCCGGCGUAGCGGCGGAUGCAGCUGUUACAUCUGGGCCAGAUUGGAACAGCCUCUCAGAUGACUCAAAGCACAAGUUACAGAUGCAAGAAUCAAGGGGACUGGUUGGUCAGUUUAAACAACUGAAACUAGAACAAGAAGCUGCCAAAAAUUGGGACAAGUUUUACAAGAGAAAUGAGACAAGGUUUUACAAAGAUCGUCACUGGACUACACGAGAAUUUGAAGACCUGGCGGAUUGCUCUUGUAAUGGUCAAACAAAAAUAUUGUUUGAAGUUGGUUGUGGUGUUGGAAAUUUCCUUUACCCCCUUUUGCAGGAUGGGCAGAGUUGGUUUAUACAUGCCUGUGAUUUUUCACCCAGAGCUAUAGAUUUUGUGAAGUCGCAUAGCUUGUAUGAUGAGUCAAGAGUCCAUCCAUUUGUUCAUGACAUAACUUCAAGAAAUCUACAUGAGCACAUCCAAGAAAGUUCAGUGGACAUUGUGUCAUUGAUCUUUGUGCUGUCUUCAAUCAUGCCUGAGAAGUAUGAUGGAGUUAUCCAAAGCUUGUUUGGUUGUCUCAAAGAAGGUGGCAGUGUCAUUUUCCGAGACUACGGAAGGUAUGACAUGGCCCAAAUUCGUUUUGGAGCUGGACACAAACUUGCGGAGAAUUUCUACGUCCGCCAGGACGGUACCAGGGUCUACUACUUCACGACCAGUGAACUUACGUCAUUGUUCUCCAAGGCCGGAUUUGAAGUAACGUUCUGCACGUAUGUGGCACGUCAGACUGUGAACAAGAAGGAAGGUGUGGAUGUGUCACGAACAUUCGUACAAGGGAAGUUCAAGAAGCCUUCCAUGACGAGCCUGCACAUCACCAGGGACGUCAGUAAUACACAGAUGACAAGUGACACAUGACAUCAUCCGGGAAGUGGCGGGGAAAUCCGUUCUUGAACAUGGAUCCAAAAAGCCAUAUACGCGAGCAACAGAUGGGGCGAGCCCAGGGAGAAGAUGGAACUGAUUUCUCUCCGGGGGCAGGCACCGUUCAGCUGGCUCGAAACUAAUAGCUGUCUGACCAUGGUUAACUGAUGCCACGCGUUGGACGUGGGCCGGAUGCGUAACUGCUUGGAGGCGACUCAAGCUGACAAUAAUAUUCUUCCCACGUAUGAACUGCUCACUCCUUGGCUGGAGUGAACCAAGCGUACUUUCCUGGGUGUCGGCGAUGGAUCCGCUUCUACGAGGCCCACUGUGCCUCUGCUUCGCUUCAAUCGAGGUUCGUUUUGCUUCCACAUACGCUCCAUAUGCCUGUACUGUCGCACGAUAUACUGAGAUGAUGAAACCACGAGGUCACUGAUGGAUGGUGAGGACAUUUUUACAUGCACUACCAACUGAAACCCCUCUGCGAAUAUAAUAUGCGAGGCAUUUUGAGAAGUAUUAAGUGUACUUUUGUGUUGCAGCCAUUGGACUAGCCCCGCGGCCCGGGCGUGCAACGCGCUGUUGGAGAAUUGGCAGUGCAACAGAGCGCCCGGCAACCGGCAAGUGCGCAAUUAUCGCCACAUCUGCUGGUGUCGGGAGCGUCGGGACCGCUGCCGCCUGGUCCUGAAAUACCAAUAAACAUCAAACAGGGGGCGGCUAACGCGUACUCGCGUUAUGGUGUCAGCUGGCUAUCGCGGGAGCUACCUAACAAACGACGUGGAGUUGCGAGGUGCCGUCGAAGCUUUGUAAUGCCGUGACUACGGACUUAUGCUAUUGCACCUGAUAUUCUCGUCAUUCGUCAUCUACUGCGAGUUGCCGGAAGAUGCGUGCUGGUCUUUGGUGAUGAAGGACCGGAAAGGAUUGAAAACUGGCACUUAAACCGGCUUGUGCUGGCAAUCAAUUGAGGCUCUGUCCCUCACAUCGCCCCAUGGAACAGUCGCACCAAGACCAAGCGUUUGUGGUUCUUGACUGCCGAUCUGGUGUUCCCAAGUGAAAUUGCUUCCACGGAACAGGACAAUAAAUACAUGGCAUGAACAAUCGUAUGUUAUGCGCUCUAGGGCGUCGAAAAGGUUCGCUUCCAGCUCAAGUUAUUUUCUGGUCUCAAGUAAUGCGAACACAUGUUGAUGUUGAACAUAUGUCUGUGUUGAUGCAGUAGGCUCGUUUCCGUAAUCGCGCACGAUUGCGAGAAUGUUGAAAAUUGCGAGAUUGCGCACACCUUGAAAAGCGAGAAUGUACUUGUGGCGCGAUUUCCCUUCUUGGUACGUUGCAGGGAGGCGCCCGGCACCUGAGGCUGGCUAGGACAGUAAAAGGAACGCAAUGCACAUUUUGCUCCAUCAUACCUGCUGCACUAGGUUGGAAGCAACACGCUGGGCAGAUAUGACUUUUUGUUACGGCUGUCAGCACGCAGAUGUAGGGACUGAGACGGCGAGGACCAAAACGCACCAAGCGUUUCAAUGUUAGUAGUGUCUAUGUGAGUGAGCAUGGUAUGUAUUCAGAGAUCUGAAGGUCUUGCGAGAUCAUUUGGCUUGAGAGAGCUUAAAUACACCAGCAUGCACAGGC